AUGGCGACAACUCUGCGGAGGCGGAUGCCGCCAGAGACCAGCUCGGCCGAAACUACCAUGGACUCCAAAGAAGACUCCCCGCCGAUUCAGCCGACAUCCCACGUCCAUGUAAUCGAACGAGGGCCCAAGGCGCGCAAGCGUCGCAACACCUUCAUCUUCUUGCUGGGUGGCCUCUGUGGUCUCAUUGCUGCGGGAUUCUUUGCCAAGUCCAACGACUUGAUCGACUUGCCGGAGCUUACCGAUCUCAGCAUGGACAGUCUGCUGGAUGUUAUCCCGGCAGGCCUAGUCAAGGACAUGCGCGAGCUUGUUCAAGGAGAGCGUGAGGUUACUACUUCCUAUGAUUCUUUCUCUGUCGGCUUGAAGGCUCGGGCUGAGGGGCUGGAUGCUUACCAUCCCAUGGUCAUGAUACCUGGCGUCAUCUCAACAGGUCUGGAGUCCUGGGGCACGGCUAACAUCUCGAGGGCCUAUUUUCGAAAGAGACUGUGGGGAAGCUGGACAAUGAUGAGGGCUUUGGUUCUUGACAAGGAGAUUUGGAAAAAGCACAUCAUGUUGGAUAAGCGAACCGGGCUUGAUCCGCCCAUGGUGAAGCUUCGUGCAGCCCAGGGCUUUGACGCAGCCGACUUCUUCAUCACAGGGUAUUGGAUCUGGAGCAAAGUCUUGGAAAACCUGGCAACCAUUGGAUACGAUCCCACAAACUCAUUCACGGCUGCAUACGACUGGAGGCUUUCCUACCCCAAUCUUGAAGUAAGAGACCAGUAUUUUACAAAGCUCAAAUCAUACAUCGAAACCGCCGUCGCAUUUGAAGGCAGAAAGGUGGUCAUCGCCUCGCACAGCAUGGGCAGCCAAGUCAUUUUUUAUUUUUAUCACUGGGUUGAGUCUGCUCAGGGCGGCCGUGGCGGAGGAGACUGGGUGGACCGUCAUAUCGAUUCUUGGAUCAAUAUCAGCGGCUGCAUGCUGGGUGCAGUCAAGGAUCUGACGGCCGUGUUAUCCGGAGAAAUGCGGGAUACUGCACAGCUAAAUGCCUUGGCAAUCUACGGACUGGAAAAGUUCUUGAGCAAAGAGGAGCGGGCGGAAAUCUUCAGAGCAAUGCCGGGCAUUUCAUCAAUGCUGCCGCUUGGAGGUAACGCUGUUUGGGGUGACUUAAACGGAGCGCCGGAUGACCAGCCUGACCAAGGUUUCUCAUAUGGCUCCUUUUUAAACUUUCGAGUCGGCUCAAACUGGACAACUCCCGACCGAAACUUUACAGUUGAUGCUUCCAUGGAGUAUCUCUUCAACACGACCGAAGAUUGGUACAAGGAUCAGGUCAAGCGAAGCUAUUCUCACGGCGUUGCUCAUACCACCGCAGAGGUUGAAGCCAACGAGAAAGAUCCUAAAAAAUGGAUCAACCCCCUCGAGAGUAGACUUCCUCUGGCGCCAAAUCUCAAGAUAUAUUGCUUUUAUGGGGUCGGUAAACCUACAGAGCGAUCAUAUUAUUACAGAGCACCAGACCAACCUACCAUGACCAACCUCAACAUUACCAUCGAUAUUGGGCUCACCGAAGGUGCUAUCGACCACGGUGUCAUCCUAGGUGAGGGAGACGGUACAGUGAACCUUUUGAGCGCCGGAUACAUGUGCAACCAUGGCUGGCACAUGAAACGGUAUAACCCUGCUGGCGCCAAGAUCACAGUAGUAGAGAUGCCCCACGAGCCUGAUCGAUUUAGCCCGCGAGGAGGCCCCAAUACCGCCGACCACGUUGACAUUUUAGGAAGAGAGACACUGAACGAGCUGAUCUUGAGGGUUGCAGCCGGCAAAGGCGAGACCAUCACCGACUAUGUCGUGAGCAAUAUCCAAGAGUAUGCCGACAAAGUGAAGGUCUACGAGGAAGAAGGUGAAACCGAGAAGAUGGGGAAGAAGAACAAAUCAUAG